GGCAUUUAAGGUGUACGUCACAUGCUCUUGAGGAAUCAAGUGCAACAGAGGGCGGGGCUAAAUUGUCACGGACACGUGUACCGGGAAGCAGGAAGUAAAUCUUGGCAAGGGGUGUGGUACGAUGAUAGAAGGCUACUCCCCUGUGGCCCAGGCCCUGCUGGGGACUCUCUUUACCUGGGGUCUGACUGCUGCUGGGGCCGCCACGGUGUUCAUUUUCUCCGGUCGACAGAAGCACAUUCUGGAUGGAAGUUUGGGAUUUGCAGCAGGGGUGAUGUUGGCUGCUUCCUAUUGGUCAUUGCUGGCACCAGCGAUUGACAUGGCGGAGGAUUCUGGGAAGUAUGGCUCAUUUGCUUUUCUGCCUGUGGCCCUUGGCUUCACAUUCGGAGCUGCUUUUGUUUACUUUGCUGACGUGGCCUUGCCCUUCUUGGGUGUAUCUGCUGACCCCAACAUUGCCUUGGCCCUUGCGUCAGAAUCCAAGAUGGUCAAAGAGAAAGAAGAGGAGCAGCUUCAUCCAGUUUCUGAAUCACAAGCCAUCAAGCUAGGUAGAACUGGACCUCUCCCAGAGGAGGGGCUUCAACUCCCGAGGAAACGAGUAUCUCAUUGGGGUGACUCAGACGAUCACAAAACAGAAAGCAAAGAUCUGGGAGAAAUGGGCCAUUCAGGAAGCAGUUGGAGACGCAUCCUUCUCCUAAUCCUCGCCAUCACUAUUCACAACAUUCCAGAGGGCUUAGCCGUGGGAGUUGGAUUCGGGGCCAUUGGGAAGACGUCUUCUGCAACGUUUGAGAGUGCCAGGAAUUUAGCUGUUGGUAUCGGCAUCCAGAAUUUCCCAGAAGGCCUCGCAGUAAGCUUGCCUCUCCGGGGCUCGGGCAUCUCAACGUGGGCGGCCUUCUGGUACGGCCAGCUCAGCGGCAUGGUGGAGCCCAUCGCUGGCAUGCUCGGCGCCGUCGCCGUGGCGUUGGCCGAACCUCUGUUGCCGUACGCAUUGGCGUUCGCCGCUGGUGCGAUGGUUUACGUGGUGGUGGAUGACAUCAUACCUGAGGCUCAAGUCAGUGGGAACGGAAAGCUGGCCUCCUUGACUUCGAUCUUGGGCUUUAUCGUAAUGAUGUCGCUAGACGUGGGGCUGGGGUGAAUCACCAUGACGACCGGCAUCACAUCAACAAAACCCCCCCUAGCCAUCAUUACCAUGACAAGCCUGACCUCAGUGUAAAAAAAAAAAAAAAAAAAAAAAAAAAAGGACCAAGUGUCAUUUUUUUGUCAAAAUAUCAGAAGUUCGGAAGCCACUUUUCCACAGUGCAGUAUGUGACAUCAUCACAUCACGGGUGACGGAUAAGUUGCAUUAUCCUUUAAAAGCAAACAAAUUGACUUCACUAUGACUUUGUUGCGCAUGGUUCAGUCACCACAAAACAAAUGAUGCUGUUUGUUCUGCAAUGAUGUCAUAUUGACACUGUGAAAUUUCCAUUUAGAAUAAUCUCAUUUUAGUACAGUUAGGUCCAGAUGUAUUUGACAGUUAAUAUAUGAUUCCUGCCCUUAUAAACCAGUACAUUGGCAUGGAAAUAAAACAUUGCAUCAAAAUGGGACAAUAAGCGCUCAUUAUUGUCUCAUCCCAGGUGUCUUGAUAAAAGAACAUGUAAAUAACUUCCCGGGAGAUUCAAGUCUUUACUUGCUGCCCAUUUGGGGAUGCUGCCGCAUUCAACAUAAUUACCUGUGUUCACCUUUAAAAAGUUGCUUUCUCACCAUAUUUAGGGUCAUUAUCCAUCUUACUGUGAAGAAGCGGUUGGCUAAAUGCGAACUGGAGAUCUAUACUCACAAUUUAUCUUGUUCUGUCAGCUGGCAUAUUAUCAAUAAAUCCAAGGCAGCCCGUUCCACACAACCAUUCAGACUUGCACCUAUGAACAAUUUGGCCAGCUAAUGUUACUGAAUGUGGGAGGUACUUACAUAAGCAUGAGGAGACUAUGCAAACGCCACACGAGCCAAAAUUCAUACCCAUCAACAUCCACCCCAGCAAAGUUUUUAUGUAAGGUAACUGAAUAAUCCCUAAUGGUUGGAGCAGAGACCUGAUCUCAACCCAAUACAGGAUGCUUUUCUCUUACUUUAGACAACACCACAAUCAAACAGCACAUGGGUAUCUGUCAAAGGAUCUCCACGGAAAAUGUUUGAUGAUGUAUCCAGACUUAAGGUUGUCAUUGACUCCAAAGCUUUUCAAACAGUUCUUAAGAAUUAUUGUUAUAUUUACUAUUCUGUCACUGUGUUUAAACCUUUUGGACGCCCUGGAAAUGGAAAUGUUGAACAUCAAUUGGCUGUAAUUUCUAAAUAGUAACUGCCGUGUCUUUGUGUGAAAAGGCAACAUCAUAAAUCACUAUCACUGUCCAAAUGCACCAGGACCUGACUAACUAUUUUCCGGAUGAAAAGUGGCUUUUAAAAAUAGAUCUGUUUACUCAUUUAGGACUGAAUUCCUAAACAGUACUAAUGACCAAUACCCCUUUUUAUGACCUGGAAACUGCUCCUUUUCCAUCAAGUUAAAACAAAAGUUUUUGAAUUCGUUAUCAUUGAUUUGUUUUUUUUUUUAAUUUUUAAUUACCUCAUAGUUACAAUACUUGAACUGUGUGACACAUUGGACUUGGUGAAUAAUAUGAUCUUUUUUUGUUGAUAUUUUAUACUUAAAGAUUAUUUGAAGAGAACAGGCCUGUGAAAGGCCUGAACAGAUGCAGCAGUUUAUUUUUUAAGGAAGGAUUUAAAUCCACAGCGGGGACAAGGUAAAUAUGUUGUUUUUUGGUAUCCUGCAAUAUGCAAAUUUUAACAUUGGUUGUUUGGACACUGGGCAUUUCUUGACAAUAGGGGAAUUAACAAUCGUUAAUUAAAAAUACUGGACUCACAACACAUUUGGCAUCCCCUAAAAGUGCGUGCCUUCUUGUUUUCUGACUGUAUACUGCCAUUUGCUGGCCAAAUUGACCAGUCCCCCCUUCCCCACAAUUUUUUUUUUUUUAAAACUAAUGAAGUUGUUGAUUUAUAUGUGAAAUGUUUAUUUAAAUAAACUGCUAUGUUAACAUA